CUUUUGCUGUAUAUGACUUUACGUUGCAUUUUCUGAGGUCUUUGGAAACAACCUAUUGUGGUUUAUAUAUCUGUUUUCUACGUAACUACCACUUUAUUCGCCAGCGUUUUGGGGCGUUCGUUCGAAAACUUCACCAUCAACGAGGGGUCCAUUUUGGAUCAACGAAGCAGAAAAUAUUAUUUUGGCUACACCCCUAAACUCCUAGAACACCUCCAGCCAUGGACUCGAUGAGAUCUCUUAACACGUCUCUGCCAGUUUCGUCCCCUCGUUCAAACUAUGCACAGCCCCCUGAGCAACUGCUUCAAGCCUUCAAAACCGCAGCUCUCUCUGUGACAAACCUUUACAAAACAGCCGUUUCCGACCAAGCGAAUGCCCGCCAAAUCGGAUACCAAGAAGCCUUGGAAGACCUUAGGGCUUUUCUCGACAAGGAGAAGAUUGGAUUGAGUGAUGGGGAAGGGUCCAAAGUGCGAUGUUGGGUCACGGAGCGGAUUGAUGGAACCGGCACAACCGCCACUUCGAUGGAUAGUGACGAUGAGCGGGGGGAGCUCGACAACAAACGAGGCGGGAGUAUAUCGCCAACCAUCACGAGAAAACAGACACCGGAGGUUAAUCAUACAAACCAAGCGCCCCGACCCACCUCUCCUCCACGGCAAGAAACAAACACUCACCCACCAUCAUCUACCACUGCAGCAUCGUCAGAUACAUAUGUUACGCCAUGCAGAUCAACCACUUUCACAUUCACCACUGGACCUCAGUUCCCCGUCCCUCAACAGUCCGAUGUUGAUAUGCAAACAUCUGAGCAUGUGCCAGCGACUACCACAUCCUUGCAAACCGACUCUUCCCACCAGCCACACUCAUCAGCUAUCAAUAGCUCCCCGACCGUCAGGGUUGAAGUAGUUCCCCGAGGAUCCAGAACACCCCAUCGACUCAAUAGCGGGAAUCGACACGGCACACGAGCAUCGGUGCGAGAUCCCGCUUCUAAUAAUGGAUCCAAGAGAAAAUUCCAUUUUGGGGAUUUUUUUGAUAUCUCAAGUCUUGGGAAUGGGCGAGACGCCUUUGGAGGCGGCAAACGGGGACGCUUUAUAUAAAUAGUUAACUGAACGCCGACGUUUGGGGGACAUAAAAUUGGGAUAGAGAAACAUUCGGAUGGGAUGAUAACGAUGGAGCAUUAUUAUGGAGCAUUAUUAUGGCAUUCAUUUGCUUUUUCUUUUGCCUUUUUUUUUGCCCCUUUCAUUGGCUUCUCGCUUUUGCUUCCUCCCGCCCCUUUUUUUCAACGGUCAAACCAAUAGUGGUAUCAUGAUUAGAAGCAUUUACGGAGUCAAUAUUCCAGCAUUUUCAUUUUACAUAGAUAGCAUCCAAUCAAGAUACCCAUGAUCAGAUGAUAUGGAGCUCAUUUUGCAAAUUCAUGUACACAUAUCUCACACUUCCCCUAGAGUGA